AUGGUGAAUGCAUUGCGCGCGAUAAAUAUCUUUUCCCCUUUUCUUCUCGUGCCCUUUCGUCUUCCUCGCUCUCGCAGUCUCCGCCGCCUUCCUCGCUCUCGCAGUCUCCGCCGCAUUGUCGUUCCCUCGCUGUGUCGUUCGGCGAGUCCACCGUACGCGCUACCGCGCAGGUGGUGGAGGUGGGGGUUCCCACAGGGCCACCCACGCUGCAGUGUCAGUCCGGGUUCACCGGAUAACCUACCGUGCGGGGGGUUCUGCAGCAGUACCUGCGCCGCGGAGAAACACGAGCUUGUAUCUUCUUCCAUCGUUGGUGUCCCAGAUUCAUCUUUGGCCAUCGGUUCGUGGGGAUCUGGAGGGAUUCUGGUGGUUUCUCUGCUUUUUGCCUUCCGUCAGUCCGGAUCUGCAGGGCUGCCGUCGUUUCCUGCGCAGUUUGGGAUGCUAAUACAAUAUCUUUUUGAGAAAUUCCCAAAUUGGCAGGAGAUAGCUAGCCAUGCCAUUGUCGACCUUCAAGUUUCGCAGACUUAUACAAGGAUGGAGCCAUGCCGUGAGAAGAGGUGUCUUUGAAGCAGAGGAAAAGUGCUUGUCCAUCUGAGAAGAAUAGGAGAGCGGCAAAACACAAGUGCAGGAGGAGGGAUGGACCACCUCGAUCUGUACUGCCCAAAUUUGGUUUUAGCCUAAACUUGAACUGCAGGCAAUAUAAUUAAGAAUUCUGGACCUGCUGAAAUAGUUCCAUGGCUUCUCUUCAGGACCUUUGUCAGCCGUUAUGUCUAUCGAUGACAGCAUCGCCACUAUCUGAGAACAUGGAGCCAUCAUAGUGUCCUAAUCUAAUUUCCAUGUUUGUUUUUCUGAGUCAUUAAUCUUGUGCACUAUACAUUUACAUGUGCAUGUAGAUGGGGGACCCUUUCACAAUUUUUAGCAAGCAGCACGGCAAAGAAUAUGCCUCAUUGCAACUUCUGAAUAUUAAGGUCAAUUCCUCAUUUUAUAAAUGAUGCUACAAUCUUGGUCAAUUCCUCGUUUUGCUUCAA